AUGUUACCCCAAAUCAUGAGGGAUGGUAACUCUGCAAAGAAGAAUCAGCAUCGACAUCAAAGGCAGCAAUAUCAAGCUACAUCUGAUGUACAGGAUAAGAUCAAUGACCGACAAGAUCAACGAUCCGAAACCAGGAGACAGAGGAUGUACGAUCCGAUAAUUGGUAUAAUACUGCUGGCUUUCCUAGGAGGGGCGAACGGACAGAGCACCAACGCGAGUUGUUCGUUGAGCGACGAUAAUAAGUGGAUGUUUAAUGAUGCUGAGGAAUCACCAUGUCUGGUAUGGUCAAAGGUUCAGUCACUCUGCAUCCCCCAAACAUCCUACAUCAAUGUCCCACCAUUACUAGAUCAGAGCUAUUCGUACAAUCUACCCGAUGGGAGGAGCUGGAGAUGUCAAUGCAAUAGUGCAUCAUACUCUCUGAUGUCAGCCUGCGCAUUAUGCCAAUAUCCCUCUACUUCCCUUCCAUCUGAGGAUGACUGGUCAGCGAACUGUCAAAACUAUGUCAACAAUGGAUUGGGAUUCGGUCAAUCCGUCGUAUCGAUCCCCGCAUUCGCAUAUCAUCAAUGGUCAGGCUCAACGUUUACAGGAAACAUUGCCAAAACAUCUACUACCACUCCUACCUCCCAAUCAUACACCACCACUCUAUCUCGUACUUUUCCCACUUCUUCGUCCUCUUCUUCACCAAGCUCUUCUUCGUCUACCACACCUUCAUCCUCCUCGAAGUCAGAGUCCACUUCUAAUUCAGAAGAUCACAAGUCCGUCUCUUGGGGACCAAUAAUAGGAGGAGCAGCAGGCAGUUUGGUCUUACUCGUCGUCCUGAUCCUUUUAAUUAGAUGGUUCAUGGCUCGUAACAAUUCCAACUCGAAAGACAAAACAAACACAAAUGAUCGUAUACCAUAUCCAUAUCCAUAUCCAUAUCCAUAUCUAUAUCCAUAUCAAGGUCAUGGGAAAGAACAAUCUCAUGAUCAGGAUGAUUCAUUUUUAGAAAUGUUAAAUUCAACUAAGCCCAAAACCAAGACUAAAGCCAUAUCAAUCUCUCGUCCAAAAUCACUUUCCAAAAAUGCCAAUGCCCGGGAGAAAGAACGAGAAGAGAUGUUGAAGAGACGUACAGCCGAAUUGAUGUCCGAUCUCUCAUCUUUCGCUCAACCUCGUACCACCCCUGUACCAUUCACACCUACCACCUUUUCUCAACAGAGAGCAGAUCCACCUACACCUAAGGUUCCGCCUAAGUCAAGUAAGGGAUCCAUACGAUUUACAACAGACACAGAUCGACCCAUCUCAACAUCCUCUUCUCUCUUGCAAAAUAGCAAUGAGAGAGUAUUGAUUCCACCUAGACAGAGAUACAGUACGAUAUUCUCCGAUUCAUCCUCCGACUCCGGCGUAGACGGUAGGGAAGGGGGAAUGUUGAGUCCUCAAGAUUUUCAUCAGAGUGAAUCUGCUUUUCGUACAAAAUCAAUAUCACCUCUACCUCCUGCGAAAUUAAACGAAAUGAAACAAAGACAAAGUAUGGUAGGUUCUUUAUCUAUGGAUUUUAGUGCCCCACCUUCAAUCAUCUCCGAUUCCCAAAGACCAAUAAGUGAAGUAAGAACAUUACCAUCUUUAUAUGAACCUGUUACUGGUGCAAGGGAAUAUAGAAGGAGUGAAUUGAGAUCACAAAUGUUCAGUCCUGAAAGUCAUUAUCCACUUACUGGAAAAUCGAAAUAUCCCGAAAGUCAAUAUUCGUAUAGCUUGGAUAACUAUCCUGCACAAGAGACAUUACUUCAAAAGCUUAAAGAACAUCAAACAUUGAGUGAGAGGGGAGAAAGAGAUACGGAGACAAUAGGAGCUGCUUUGGGAAGUGGGAAAAGGGGAAGUUAUUGGGGGAGGGAAGAUAGGUGGAGUGGAUUGAGUGCUGAUACAGCAGGAAAGAACAGGUAG